GAUAAUUCUGAGAAAUUUCGGAAUUCGAUUAUUUCAUAAAAUUCAAAGGAUAAUUUAGUGGAACAAACGCCGCGCUGCGCUGUGGAGAAGAAAAUAAGAGGCGGUCCGGAGUCGGACAUCACUUGUGGCGGCUAUUUGAUUUCGGUGGAAUCGGCCACCAGGAGAUUCAGUUAGACCCUACCCGUUACCUCUGGGGGAGAGGAAGAUCAUGGCGUCGAUAUGCCUGCUCAGCUCUAAAACCCUAGUCUUACCGUCGGCGGCUUAUCUACCAAUAUCCUCUUCAUCUUCUACUACCCAUAGUUGCUGUUUUGGCGGCUGCAGAUUCUCUUUCCCAAGCAAGCCCAUUUCGACUUCUAAUUUGAUUGUUGUUAGAAGGAGAACGGGGAGGCAUGUGGUUCGAAUGGCCCCGGAGGAAGAGAAGAUCACUCGUCGCAAUCCACUCGAUUUCCCAAUUGAGUGGGAGAGGCCAAAGCCAGGGCGUAGGCCAGACAUCUUUCCUCAGUUUAGCCCCAUGAAAACACCAUUGCCACCACCAUUGCCUUGUGAUCCCCCUGAAGAGGAUGAGGAGGAGGAAGAGAAAAAAGAGGAAGAAGAGGAAAAUCCUGACAAGGAAAAUCCAGAUGAGCCCGAGAAGCAGUAGAUGAUUUUGAAGAACUCCUUGAGUUUUUUUUCCCCUUUUCCAUCUUCACUUUGUUUUUUGAUAGGCUGAAAGCAAUAGAUAUCCCCAGGGGACGAUGAGCUGAGAUAGUCAACUGAACCAAACAUGUUUGACUGCUACUACUGAUAUUGCAAUUCUAUAUUAAAUUAAAAAUCUUUUUAGGACUUCCCAUU